ACUGGUGUUUGUUUGCGGAAGUGCUUCUGUAGGUUAGCUGCAUGGUGGCGGCGUGAGACGUUUUAUGUGAAGGUCUUGCUUUUGUUAUAAGAUAAUUGUAACGACAUUAAGUCUCUGCGAUUAGCUUUAGAAUAAGAAGAUAUAUCUCGAUCAAAACGAGGCGUGUCAGUGGCUAGGAUUGUAUUAUCAUGUCAGUUAAUUGGCUGUAAACCUGCAACUCGGCAUAACAAGCUGAUGCUACAUAUCAGCAUGGCCCGAUCUCUUCAGGUCCUCUCCCUCUUCUCCAGGUUUGGUGCUCUCUCGGUGAUUCCUCCAGUCUCUGCUAAUAUCCGUCGAUUUGCGAGUAGAGUAGGUGGCAGGAAGGCAUGGAUGGACCAGGACCGUGUGCACAGAGAGACAGCAUCAACCAGAGAUGGAGACAUGGAUGAUAUGUCUGAUGAACUGGAGGAUGUGGAGGACAGGCUCGAAGCCUUGAUGGAUGAAGGAAGGAAAAGGCAGAGGACUUUGAAGUAUCACAUCCUGAGGAGGGAGAUGACUCCAAAAGGAGCUCCGCAGAGGAAGCUAACCUGGGAUGCUAUGGAGCAGAUCAGGUUUCUGAAGCAAGAACUGCCAGAGGAGUGGACCGUAGAGCGUCUGGCCGAGGGUUUCUCUGUCACUCCCGAUGUCAUCUUUCGAGUGCUCAGGAGCAAGUUCGUCCCCUCUCCGGAAAGAAGAGCCAAGCAGAAUGCCAAAGUGAUGGCUGAACUCGGGCAGCAGGUGCUACCUUCAGGGACACAGCGGGGCAUGCAGAAACUUCCCAGGAACCUCACACCAGCCAUGCUAGCAUCUGGAAAUACAGAGGCCGCUUUGGUCCCUGUGGCGAGUCAGACUCAGGUGAUUCGAGAUGAAGGCUCAGCAUCCUUAGCUAAGAGUCCUGUUUCUGUCCCGGUUCUGCCCGGUCAACUCACAGCUGGCAUAAGCAAACAGGCCACAGUGACGAGCUCAACCGUAGACAGUGAUAUUGGAACAAAUGCAGGUCCCACAGUGGAGGAUGAGGAGGAUGAAGAUAGCUGGGAUGGACGGGUCUGGACGGAGGAAGAACUUGAAGAGUUUAUGGAAAUGGAAAAACCAUCUCCUGUGAGGCAAGUUGGGUGCGAAUUCUUUGACUCGGAGGGAAAGUUUUUGUAUAGAAUAUGAGGACUUAAUGUGUUGAACUGUUAGCUGAACUUGUGUCAUGUUCAGAUUGAUAUUACAUCCUGCAAUAAUCAGCUCAGUGAGUUUUUGAACAGAUUAUUAUAUAUUAUGUUUCGGACAAAUGAUAUUCAAAUAUGAAUAAAAGUAUUGUGAUUUCUCGUGUAA